AUGAAAAAAAGUAAAUAUGUUUUUUUAACGUAUACUAGGCAUUUUUAUUUUUUUGAACCAAUUCUAUAUAUUCAUUCUAUAGAUAUAUGGCCUUUUUUUAAAUCUAAAAAUUCUUAUUUUCUGUUGACUUUAAGGCAUUCUUUUCAUACAUCUACAUUGAAUUCUCAUCAGAAUAUUAAAGGCUAUAAGGAUCCUAUUCGUGUAUUUAUAGAUACUUUUAAAUCGGAACUUGAAAAAUCAAAAAAGUUUCAAGAAUCUGUAAAAGCACUUCAAGACAAAUCAGGAAAGUUAGGUGAAUCUGAAGCCUAUAAGAAGGCAAAAGAAGCAUAUAAAGUUGCAAAAGAAAGCGCAGGCGUUGCUAGUAAUUUUUCUAAUCGAACUUUGAAGAAAAUAAGUCAAAUAAUUGAAGGUGGUGUUGUCACUGUAUGGGAAAGUGUGCCAGUUAGAUUAGCAAGAAAAGGAACAGUAAUUGCUGUAGAUACUAUUUCUAUUGCAACACAUCCUAUUAGAGAAAACAAGAUUUACAAAUCAAUUGCAGGAUCAGUCAAAAAAGUUAUUCAUGAAAGUAAUAGUUCCCAUUAUGGUGGAUAUGUUGAUAAAAAUACGAGACGUCAAACAAGGAAAACACAAAAUGAAACAGAUCUUGAAUAUUCUAAAAAAACCAUAGUUAAAGAGAAUCCAAAUGCAGAUGUUAAAAUAAUUUUAUAUAAAGAAUCGACUUGGAAAGAAUUUUAUAGGAAAUUUAGAAACAAUAGCAAGCUAUUUAAUCGUAUUUAUUAUUGGAAACAUUUAUAUAACCAUUCAGAAAAUCCGAUAAUUAGGAUAAUAAAAGGCGCCAUAACAAACAUAGAGGCUUUUUCACAUAGACUUUUUGCUGAAAAUGAAGCUGCAAAAGUAGUCCGGCUUUUUAAAAAUAUAGAUUCAAGUUUCAGAGUGGAAUCGUUUUUACAAGAGCUUAGAGAAUAUAUACUUCCAGAAGUAAUAGAAGCAUAUGUUAAAGGCGAUAUGGAAAUAUUAAAGCUAUGGUUGAACGAGUCAUCUUAUCAAAUAUGGUUUACUACAGCCAAAGAAUAUAUUUUACAAGGAUUGAUUUCUGAUGGGAAAGUUUUGGAUAUUCGGGGUGUUGAUGUUGUUUCAUACCGCAUUCUCCCACCUAAUAAUAUUCCAUGUCUUAUUAUUUCUUUUCGAACACAAGAAAUUCAUCUAUACAGAAACGCAAAGUCUAAAAAACUUAUUGCUGGGAAUGAAGAUUUCAUUCAAGAAGUCACAUAUGUCGCAGCUUUUACGAAAAUCCUAGAUGAAAUCUCUAAUUCUGAGACCAAAGGAUGGAAAAUUAUUGAUUUUGUUAGGUAUGUUUCAAUAUUUUUUAUUUUUAUCUAUUUAUGUUAUUUUUAG